AAAAGUUGGUUUUAAUUGGUUGCCCACAGGAUUGGCUUGGCUUCUGCUACUUGUUAAGAAAAAAACAUCUGUUUUUGCAGAUGGCUCAGUGCGUGACCAGGGUGGAGCUGUCCGUGUCUUGUGAAAAUCUCCUCGACAAAGAUGUUGGCUCAAAAUCUGAUCCGCUCUGCGUCUUGCUUCAGGAUGUGGGAGGUGAUCAGUGGACUGAGUUAGAUCGAACAGAGAGGAUAAAGAACUGUCAAAAACCUGAAUUCUCUAAGAAACUGGUUGUCAGCUACUACUUUGAGAAAGUGCAGAAAUUGAAAUUUGGAAUAUAUGAUAUUGAUAAUAAGUCCUUUGAUUUAAAUGACGAUGAUUACCUUGGUGGGAUUGAGUGCACGCUGGGACAGAUUGUGUCCAGCUCAGUGUUCACCCGACCUUUGGAGCUGAAGAAGGGAAAACCAGCAGGAAAAGGCACUAUUACGAUUUCAGCAGAGGAGAUUAAAGAUGCCAGAGUUGUGUAUUUGGAAAUUGAAGCCCGAAACUUGGACAAAAAGGAUUUCUUGGGUAAAUCGGAUCCGUUUUUGGAGUUUUAUAAGCAGAGUGAUGUUGGAACAUGGCAGCUGGUGUACAGAUCAGAGGUGAUUAAGAACAACUUAAAUCCAUGCUGGAGGAAAUUCAGUGUUCCCUUGCAGACAUUCUGUGGUGGAGAUUUUAAUAAACCUAUCAAGGUACAAUGUGCAGAUCAUGAUAGCGAUGGAUCACAUGACUUGAUAGGUGUUUUUGAAACUAACCUGACUCAGCUGCAGAAAGCGGGUGACAGCUCUCCGGUGGAAUUUGAAUGCAUUCAUCCUGAGAAGAAACAAAAGAAAAAGAGCUACAAAAACUCUGGCAUUAUUAGGAUAAAAUCCUGCAAGAUCGAAAGAGAUUACUCUUUCCUGGACUAUGUCAUGGGAGGCUGCCAGAUUAACUUUACAGUGGGUAUAGACUUCACUGGCUCCAAUGGAGAUCCCAAGUCACCAGAUUCUCUUCACUACAUCAGCCCUGAUGGGGUAAAUGAGUACCUGAUUGCCAUCUGGAGUGUGGGAAAUGUAGUCCAGGAUUAUGACACGGACAAGCUAUUUCCUGCGUUUGGGUUUGGAGCUCAGGUUCCUCCUAACUGGCAGGUAUCUCAUGAGUUUGCUUUGAACUUCAACCCCAGCAACCCUUACUGUCAAGGGAUCCAAGGAAUAGUGGAUGCCUACCGCCACAUCCUUCCUCAGGUCCGACUCUAUGGGCCAACCAAUUUCUCUCCUAUUAUAAACCAUGUGGCGAGGUUUGCGGCGCACUCAGCACAACAAGGGAAUGCUUCUCAAUAUUUUAUCUUGCUGAUCAUCACAGAUGGAGAGAUCACUGACCUGGACCAAACUAGGCAAGCAAUUGUUAAUGCCUCUAAGCUGCCGAUGUCCAUCAUUAUUGUUGGAGUUGGUGAAGCUGAUUUCAAAGCAAUGGAGUUCCUUGAUGGAGACAACGGUGUUCUGAAGUCCUUGACGGGAGAACCAGCUGCACGAGACAUUGUUCAGUUUGUGCCUUUCCGACAGUUCAAAAAUGCUCCUCGGGAAGCUCUUUCCCAGAUGGUUCUGGCUGAAGUGCCUAAGCAGCUCGUGUCAUACUACAAGUUGCAGGGAUGGCCACCUGUGAAACUACCAGAAGUAAAGAAAAUGUAGUGUGCAGCCUGAUCCUGGCCACGUGUAUCACGGAGGUGUGCAGAGCUGUCUCUGCACCCACUCUUCUUUUGCACGUUCCAGAGAGCUCAGUGCCUCAGGAAUGCACCAUUCGCACUAACUUCUGCUAUCUGCUUGUGCUUUGUAUCUUUGAUCUUUCCUGUCCCUAAUGGGAAGAAAUGUAAAUAUGGAAAAAAUGCAACUGCUGGCAGUUUUUGUCACGGAACAGUAGUUCUUAUUGGUUUUCCACCUUGCGACAGCGACAGGAUAUGCCACACAUCAUUGCUUGGCAUAGCUCAACUCCUGCUUGAUAGCAGAAUGGGCACGUGCACUGAACUGCACAGCACUGCUCUCACAAAGCACUGCUUCAAUGCUGAGGUUGCUAGGGCAAGUAUUGUAAUCGUGUUUACCAUAACUGUACCUAUUGUGUAUUCCUUGAUAGGAUUUUUCUUCUAUCAAGCUGCCUUGGGAACGGGGACCCUUCUGUACUGACUGGUACCAAAGUCUGUUGUUUGGAUGCCUGAGGUAGUUCUUGUGCCUUCAUAAAGUGCCAGUAUAUUUUUAUAUGUAGAAGUUUAUUUUUGAAUUUCAGUUACCAUACUCUUCAACCAUUUUAUAAAUUACUUUUUUCCAUUUGUAACAACUGCACUUGUGAUUUACUGUUACUUUAAAAUAUUUCUUGCAAUGUAAGAACACACUGCACUUUGCUUAUUUGCGGGAGGAUUAUUGAGGUAUGUGACUUUCAGAAUCCAGCAGCUGGAAACUUUGAAAUAAAGAUGUUUGAAUGAUUUCCCUAGUGUCAAGCAGUUAUGAAAUGAAGAAGUAAUUAUCUAUGGAACUCCAAAGAGGUGCUUUGUUUUCCUCAAAAAUGUGAAGCAUGUAUUAUUAUGUGGUUUGAGGACUGUCGAACAGGCAGAUGAUGGCAAAGUGCAAUUUCUUUGAGGCAAUGGAGAUGAUAAUUCAUUUCAAAAUAGGAAUAAAGAAGGAACUUGGGCUUGUCA